AUGGCUUCCCUUCAUUAUCCUCCACGCCCAUCUGGGCUAGAGAUUGAAACGACGAGGAUAGAUGAAGAAGAAGCAUCAAGCGGUCCGAAGAAGAAGAAGAAGAGUGAUGACGUUAUUGAUGGGGGAGAAGAGAAGGGGAUAUGGCUGACGUGGAAGGAUGUGUGGGUGAGGGCUUCUUCAAGUGGGAGGAAGAAGAAUAAGAAGAAGAAGAAGAAGAAAGGGAUUAAUGGAAGCAGAACAAUACUGGAAGGUCUCACUGGUUAUGUCAAACCCGGUCAGCUUUUGGCCAUCAUGGGUCCUUCUGGCUGUGGCAAGUCCACUCUUCUGGAUACUUUAGCAGGGAGAUUAGGUCCAAAAACAAGGCAGGCAGGGGAGAUUCUUAUUAACGGCCACAAACAAGUACUCGCCUAUGGGACCUCGGCAUAUGUGACACAAGAUGACGCUUUGCUCACAACCCUAACAGUUGGAGAAGCAGUGUACUAUUCAGCUCAGCUUCAAUUACCAGACACAAUGUCAAAGGAAGAGAAAAAGGAGAGAGCCGAGUUCACAAUAAGAGAAAUGGGUCUUCAAGACGCCAUUAACACCAGAAUUGGAGGUUGGGGUUGUAAGGGAAUCAGUGGAGGCCAAAAGAGGAGAGUGAGUAUUUGUAUAGAGAUCCUGACACGUCCAAGACUUCUGUUUCUUGAUGAACCAACCAGUGGACUUGACAGUGCAGCCUCGUACUAUGUCAUGAGCAGAAUCGCCAGCCUUGAUCGAAAGGAUGGGAUUCAGAGGACCAUUAUUGCGUCUAUUCAUCAACCUAGUACUGAAGUCUUUCAGCUUUUUGAUAAUCUGUGUCUUCUUUCUUCCGGAAGAACUGUGUUCUUUGGUCCUAUUUCUGCAGCAAGUGAGUUCUUUGCUUCAAAUGGAUUUCCUUGUCCUGCUGUCCAGAAUCCGUCCGAUCAUUUCUUGAAAACUAUAAACAAGGAUUUUGAUGAUCAGGACAUUGAAUUGGGCUUCCCUGAUCCUGAAAGGAAACCUACAGAAGAAGCAAUAGAAAUGCUUGUGAAAUCAUACAAGUCUUCUAAUUUCAACCAACAAGUUCAAGCAGAAGUAGCAGCAUUAUCUGCACAGGAAAGUGGAAUGGUGGUGGAGAAGAAGAAAAGAACGCAUGCAAGCUUCCCUACUCAGUGCAUUGUUCUUACAAAGAGAUCAUUCUUGAACAUGCGUCGUGAUUUAGGCUAUUACUGGUUACGCCUUAUCAUAUACAUCGCUGUGGCGCUAGGUUUGGCCACCGUCUUCUACGAUUUGGGCAUGAGCACCGUGUCUAUUCAAGAUAGAGGUGGACUGCUUGCCUUUGUGUCCUCCUUCAUAACUUUCAUGACCAUUGGUGGCUUCCCUUCCUUUGUGGAAGAGAUGAAGGUAUUUGGAAGGGAAAGGCUAAAUGGGCACUAUGGAGUGAUAGCGUAUGUGAUAGGGAACACCUUAUCUUCGAUCCCAUAUCUAUUACUCGUCACUGUCAUUCCGGGAGCCAUAGCCUAUUACCUCCCAGGCCUUCAAAAUUCUGCUGAACACUUUAUCUUCUUCUGCUGUGUCCUAUUUUCAUGUCUGAUGUUAGUUGAAAGCCUGAUGAUGAUAGUGGCUAGCAUCGUCCCUAACUUCCUCAUGGGAAUUAUAACCGGUGCUGGUCUUCAAGGCAUCAUGAUCCUCGCAGGAGGCUUCUUCAGAUUGCCUAAUGACCUUCCCAGAAUCUUUUGGAAGUAUCCUCUCUAUUACAUAGCCUUCCAUAGAUACGCCUACCAAGGACUGUUCAAGAACGAGUUUGAAGGACUGAGAUUUGGUAAUUUAAGUGGGGAAGAGAUUCUGAGAAACAAAUGGGAAGUUAACAUGAGCUAUUCUAAGUGGGUUGAUCUUGCCAUUCUUCUGGGGAUGAUCAUUGUGUAUAGAAUUCUAUUCUUGGUGAUCAUAAAGGGCACUGAGAAGAUGAAGCCUUUAGUUGCUUCUUUGCUUAGCAUUCAAGUCAUAGCGAAUCCAAAAUGCUACUCCUUUAGGCGUGAAUGGACUGCAUAA